UCCCCUCCCCACAACAUAUCACUAUUAGUGGUUGUCGUUUGUUACAAAAAACAUUUGUGUUGUAUUCAUUUUUCCUUAGAAGAGGUUAUGUUAUUUAUUUUACUAAUCGGAAGUAUUAUUACUCAUUAGUGGAAAAAAAAUAUUAGAACUACACGUAGGAAAUUAAAACUUCUGUUUCUCAGAAAAUAGGUGUUAAUUACAUCUCUUCAAAUGGCAAGAAAUGCGGAAAAGGCUAUGACAACACUUGCUCGUUGGAGAGCGGCUCAGGUAACCGAACAAGGAGGAAAUGUUAAAGAAAAGGAGAGGAGACCUUUUCUUGCCUCAGAGUGUACAGAUUUACCAAAAGCUGAAAAAUGGAGGAUGCAAAUUAUCAGAGAAAUCGCCAGAAAAGUAGCACAAAUCCAAAAUGCUGGGCUGGGAGAGUUCAGAAUCCGUGAUUUAAAUGAUGAAAUAAAUAAACUGCUGAGAGAAAAAGGACAUUGGGAAACUCAGAUUCGAGAUCUAGGAGGGCCAGAUUAUGCUCGUGUGGGGCCUCGAAUGCUGGACCAUGAAGGCAAAGAAGUUCCAGGCAAUAGAGGAUAUAAAUAUUUUGGUGCUGCUAAGGAAUUACCAGGUGUGAGGGAGUUAUUUGAACAAGAGCCACCACCACCUCCCCGUAAGACACGAGGUGAGCUCAUGAAGGACAUUGAUGCUGAUUAUUAUGGAUAUCGGGAUGAUGAUGAUGGAGUGUUACUGCCAAUUGAAGCAAGAGAGGAGAAGAAAGCUAUCCAGGCUGCAGUUUCAGAAUGGAAAACAAAGAAAUUAACUACUCUUAAUAACGAAACUGAAGAAAAAAUGGAAGAAGAAGAAGAAGAAGAAGAAAAUAUCUAUUCAGUAACUCUUGACGAUAGUAGUUCUGGUGAAGAUGAUGACAAGGACGGAGAGAGAGACAGUGGGCAGCCCAGGUUCAUUGCCCACGUCCCCGUGCCCUCGCAGCGGGAGGUGGAGCAGGCUUUGCUACAGAGGAAGAAACAAGAACUACUAAACCGUUACGCGAGCGAUACAGUGGUAUCUCAAGCAGAGGAAGCUAAGGAGUUGUUAGGAGUUUCUUCAUCCAGUACAACGUAACCUAAUGGCUUAAAAAGUUGUAUUUUUGUAUAACGUUGUAAAUAUAUUAUUUUUUAUAAUUUUUAUCAAUA